AUGUUACAUAAUAUUCAACUCGUUUCAGACAUUUCUGUCCUGAAAGUUUACUUCAAACUACAGCGUCAGCAAGGCUACUAUGUACUACAGAUCUACACUCCAUGUACCCUUUUGGUGGUGAUGUCAUGGGUGUCAUUCUGGAUCAACAAGGAAGCUUCACCAGCACGAGUAGCUCUAGGGAUUAUGACCGUAUUGUCGAUGUCCACUUUGGGUUUUGGACUGCGUACCGAUCUACCAAAAGUGUCUCAUUCAACAGCACUUGACAUCUAUAUUCUGAGCUGCUUCGGAUUUGUAUUCGCCGCUAUGGUCGAAUAUGCUGUCAUUAAUUACGCACAAAUCGUCUAUAUACGGAAGCAAGUGCAUGAUCUGAAAGGACUUGAGUCGAAUCGAGCGGUGAGUCUGGUCUAG